AUGCAGCCAGCUGGCACAGUGCAGCUCAGGUUAGAUCACCGAGGGCUUCCUGCUGCUGCACCAAUCUGCCUGGAAUACACCGAAGACUGGGGCUUGACACUGCGGGUUCCUGAAGCCGCUCUCUCUCACCGGCGUCUUCUCUCCUCGCGCCUCAUGGCUCUGACGCAGAACCCCAGACACCUCCCUCCCCUCCCCCACCCUAUCUCCCACCCGGUCCCCGGCGACUCCCCGCCGCCCCAGCCCGCCCCCCACGCGGCUAUGGCCCCCGGCACGGAGACGGUGCACUACAUUCAUCUACACAACUCCAGCCAGUCCGUGUUGGAAGCUCUCCGGACGCAGCGGCGCGAGGGCCUCUUCUGCGACGUCACCGUGCGCAUCCACGACUCUUCGCUCCGAGCUCACGCCUGCGUUCUCGCCGCCGGGAGCCCGUUUUUCCAAGACAAGCUUCUCCUGGGUCAUUCCGAGAUCUCCGUCCCGCCGCUGGUCCCCGCGGAGACCGUCAAGCAGCUGGUGGAUUUCAUGUACAGCGGUUCUCUGGUCGUACUCCAGUCUCAGGCUCUGUGCAUCCUCACCGCCGCUAGCAUCCUACAAAUAAAAACGGUGAUCGACGAGUGCACGCAGAUUAUCUCGCAGAGGAAGGCUGCGGCGGGGGCGGCGGCAGCAGCGGCGGCGGCGGCAGCGAGCGGAGCGGGAGGAGCCAUGUUGGGAGGGAUCCUGCCCAAGCAAGAGGACCGGGGAGGAGGGAAGGGGCGGGACAGCAGCGGGAGUUGCUCCGGGAAUCCUGGAGGUUAUCCCAACUUCUCCAACUUCAUGGCGGACUGCGCGAGCAACAUGUCGGGGAUGGGGAACGGCGUGAACGUGUCGGAGAGCGGCGCCAUGGAGCAGCAGCAGAUGAUGCUCGGGGACAUGGGUCCUGGGGGCAUGUGUGCGGGGGACGGACUGGGAUCAGGGCAGAUGAUGAUGAAGCAGAGCCCCACCUGCACUCAGGACGUCCGGUACAAGCUGCGUGACCUGUUAGCGCAGACGGCUAACGGCGCGAGCGGCGGCAGCACAGGGAACCUGUCCGGCGGCUGCAGCUCCGGAGUGGGCAGCGUGGACAGCAUCAGCCGGGACAGCCUCCGCGGCAACGACCUCUCCGACGACCUGGUGGGCAUCGACCGCUUCAGCGAGGAGGAGGAGCUGGAGCGGGAGCGCAGGGGCGACAGGGUGCCGGGACACAGCCGCAAGCAGAGACAGCCGCUCCGACUCCAGGUGCUGGGGGGAGAAGGCGUGGUGGUGAAGGAUGAGGGGGUCCAGGACGCGGAUGGGUCGGUCUAUGCGCUGGAGGACGGGCGCAGGGGGCCAGAGCACCCGGACGCACAAGAGACCAUGGCGGGAUUCGGACAGGAUUUCUACGAUGAGCAGGGCGUGUUCUCGGAGAGUUUCUGGCCUCAGAGUGAACCUCAGUCCAUGCAGUUCAACCCCCGAGGACGAGUCAACAAGCCGCUGACUCCGCCCCCAACCUCACAGUCCAUGAACAACCCGCUCCUGUUCCAGUACCCAGUGAGCCAAUCGCAGCCCGCCCCGUACUUCGUGGGAGGACCAAUGACAGGGAUGGACAGCAUGGCGGGGGCGGAGCCAAAUCAACAGGCCCCGCCCCCUGCUCAGAUGCCGCCGGCCCCUCCCCCCUCCACCUCGUCCUGUUCGGCGGGACCCUCUCCUUCGUCGCAGGGAUCGGAGACCUCAUUCGACUGCACGCACUGUGGCAAAUCUCUGCGCUCCCGCAAAAACUACAGCAAGCACAUGUUCAUCCACUCCGGUCAGAAACCUCACCAGUGCUCCAUCUGCUGGCGCUCCUUCUCACUGCGUGACUACCUCCUCAAACACAUGGUGGUGCACACAGGCGUCAGGGCGUUCCAGUGCUCCAUGUGCGGAAAGCGCUUCACGCAGAAGAGCUCUCUGAACGUGCACAUGCGCACGCACCGGGCCGAGCGCACCUUCCAGUGCAACGUGUGCCACCGCGCCUUCACCCACCGCACGCUGCUGGAGCGCCACGCCCUGCAGCACGCGCACCACAGCGCCCCCCAGGCCCCGGGACGAGACAUGACCUCACCAAGCACCAAGCACAGUCCCCCGGCGCUGGGCGGGCCCUCAGGUAUGGCCCCAAACCAGGGCAUGGUCAGCAGCAUGGCCAACAUGCCCAGCCACGGGCCGCCCACCUCUUAG